AUGCCAUUACCUCACCACCACCAGGCGCGCAGGGACAUGCAGAGAGCGUUCGACUGGCUGCUCUGCGACCCAUCGGGGACCGUCAACUUCGCCUCCCGAGUCUCCAAGUCCGCCCUGCACCAGUGCAGUGAAGGAGCGCCUGCAACAAUGUGCAGUGUGCACACCUUCAGUCGUGCGCCUAAUUCUCCUCACUCUCCUCUAUUCAUGCCCCUCCCCCCCACACCAUCAAAUUCGUCUGGACGCGCGUUCCACACCCACAGUGUGAUCAAGUCGGGGGAAGUCAUGUUCAGAUUCGUCAAGUCAAUGUCCUCGCCUUCAGUCAUGCCAAUCUGCCUUCAGUCAUGCCAAUCUGCCUUCAGUCAUGCCAAUCUGCCUUCAGUCAUGCCAAUCUGCCUUCAGUCAUGCCAAUCUGCCUUCAGUCAUGCCAAUCUGCCUUCAGUCAUGCCAAUCUGCCUUCAGUCAUGCCAAUCUGCCUUCAGUCAUGCCAAUCUGCCUUCAGUCAUGCCAAUCUGCCUUCAGUCAUGCCAAUCUGCCUUCAGUCAUGCCAAUCUGCCUUCAGUCAUGCCAAUCUGCCUUCAGUCAUGCCAAUCUGCCUUCAGUCAUGCCAAUCUGCCUUCAGUCAUGCCAAUCUGCCUUCAGUCAUGCCAAUCUGCCUUCAGUCAUGCCAAUCUGCCUUCAGUCAUGCCAAUCUGCCUUCAGUCAUGCCAAUCUGCCUUCAGUCAUGCCAAUCUGCCUUCAGUCAUGCCAAUCUGCCUUCAGUCAUGCCAAUCUGCCUUCAGUCAUGCCAAUCUGCCUUCAGUCAUGCCAAUCUGCCUUCAGUCAUGCCAAUCUGCCUUCAGUCAUGCCAAUCUGCCUUCAGUCAUGCCAAUCUGCCUUCAGUCAUGCCAAUCUGCCUUCAGUCAUGCCAAUCUGCCUUCAGUCAUGCCAAUCCAAUCUGCCUUCAGUCAUGCCAAUCUGCCUUCAGUCAUGCCAAUCUGCCUUCAGUCAUGCCAAUCUGCCUUCAGUCAUGCCAAUCUGCCUUCAGUCAUGCCAAUCUGCCUUCAUCAUGCCAAUCUGCCUUCAGUCAUGCCAAUCUGCCUUCAGUCAUGCCAAUCUGCCUUCAGUCAUGCCAAUCUGCCUUCAGUCAUGCCAAUCUGCCUUCAGUCAUGCCAAUCUGCCUUCAGUCAUGCCAAUCUGCCUUCAGUCAUGCCAAUCUGCCUUCAGUCAUGCCAAUCUGCCUUCAGUCAUGCCAAUCUGCCUUCAGUCAUGCCAAUCUGCCUUCAGUCAUGCCAAUCUGCCUUCAGUCAUGCCAAUCUGCCUUCAGUCAUGCCAAUCUGCCUUCAGUCAUGCCAAUCUGCCUUCAGUCAUGCCAAUCUGCCUUCAGUCAUGCCAAUCUGCCUUCAGUCAUGCCAAUCUGCCUUCAGUCAUGCCAAUCUGCCUUCAGUCAUGCCAAUCUGCCUUCAGUCAUGCCAAUCUGCCUUCAGUCAUGCCAAUCUGCCUUCAGUCAUGCCAAUCUGCCUUCAGUCAUGCCAAUCUGCCUUCAGUCAUGCCAAUCUGCCUUCAGUCAUGCCAAUCUGCCUUCAGUCAUGCCAAUCUGCCUUCAGUCAUGCCAAUCUGCCUUCAGUCAUGCCAAUCUGCCUUCAGUCAUGCCAAUCUGCCUUCAGUCAUGCCAAUCUGCCUUCAGUCAUGCCAAUCUGCCUUCAGUCAUGCCAAUCUGCCUUCAGUCAUGCCAAUCUGCCUUCAGUCAUGCCAAUCUGCCUUCAGUCAUGCCAAUCUGCCUUCAGUCAUGCCAAUCUGCCUUCAGUCAUGCCAAUCUGCCUUCAGUCAUGCCAAUCUGCCUUCAGUCAUGCCAAUCUGCCUUCAGUCAUGCCAAUCUGCCUUCAGUCAUGCCAAUCUGCCUUCAGUCAUGCCAAUCUGCCUUCAGUCAUGCCAAUCUGCCUUCAGUCAUGCCAAUCUGCCUUCAGUCAUGCCAAUCUGCCUUCAGUCAUGCCAAUCUGCCUUCAGUCAUGCCAAUCUGCCUUCAGUCAUGCCAAUCUGCCUUCAGUCAUGCCAAUCUGCCUUCAGUCAUGCCAAUCUGCCUUCAGUCAUGCCAAUCUGCCUUCAGUCAUGCCAAUCUGCCUUCAGUCAUGCCAAUCUGCCUUCAGUCAUGCCAAUCUGCCUUCAGUCAUGCCAAUCUGCCUUCAGUCAUGCCAAUCUGCCUUCAGUCAUGCCAAUCUGCCUUCAGUCAUGCCAAUCUGCCUUCAGUCAUGCCAAUCUGCCUUCAGUCAUGCCAAUCUGCCUUCAGUCAUGCCAAUCUGCCUUCAGUCAUGCCAAUCUGCCUUCAGUCAUGCCAAUCUGCCUUCAGUCAUGCCAAUCUGCCUUCAGUCAUGCCAAUCUGCCUUCAGUCAUGCCAAUCUGCCUUCAGUCAUGCCAAUCUGCCUUCGCCAAUCUGCCUUCAGUCAUGCCAAUCUGCCUUCAGUCAUGCCAAUCUGCCUUCAGUCAUGCCAAUCUGCCUUCAGUCAUGCCAAUCUGCCUUCAGUCAUGCCAAUCUGCCUUCAGUCAUGCCAAUCUGCCUUCAGUCAUGCCAAUCUGCCUUCAGUCAUGCCAAUCUGCCUUCAGUCAUGCCAAUCUGCCUUCAGUCAUGCCAAUCUGCCUUCAGUCAUGCCAAUCUGCCUUCAGUCAUGCCAAUCUGCCUUCAGUCAUGCCAAUCUGCCUUCAGUCAUGCCAAUCUGCCUUCAGUCAUGCCAAUCUGCCUUCAGUCAUGCCAAUCUGCCUUCAGUCAUGCCAAUCUGCCUUCAGUCAUGCCAAUCUGCCUUCAGUCAUGCCAAUCUGCCUUCAGUCAUGCCAAUCUGCCUUCAGUCAUGCCAAUCUGCCUUCAGUCAUGCCAAUCUGCCUUCAGUCAUGCCAAUCUGCCUUCAGUCAUGCCAAUCUGCCUUCAGUCAUGCCAAUCUGCCUUCAGUCAUGCCAAUCUGCCUUCAGUCAUGCCAAUCUGCCUUCAGUCAUGCCAAUCUGCCUUCAGUCAUGCCAAUCUGCCUUCAGUCAUGCCAAUCUGCCUUCAGUCAUGCCAAUCUGCCUUCAGUCAUGCCAAUCUGCCUUCAGUCAUGCCAAUCUGCCUUCAGUCAUGCCAAUCUGCCUUCAGUCAUGCCAAUCUGCCUUCAGUCAUGCCAAUCUGCCUUCAGUCAUGCCAAUCUGCCUUCAGUCAUGCCAAUCUGCCUUCAGUCAUGCCAAUCUGCCUUCAGUCAUGCCAAUCUGCCUUCAGUCAUGCCAAUCUGCCUUCAGUCAUGCCAAUCUGCCUUCAGUCAUGCCAAUCUGCCUUCAGUCAUGCCAAUCUGCCUUCAGUCAUGCCAAUCUGCCUUCAGUCAUGCCAAUCUGCCUUCAGUCAUGCCAAUCUGCCUUCAGUCAUGCCAAUCUGCCUUCAGUCAUGCCAAUCUGCCUUCAGUCAUGCCAAUCUGCCUUCAGUCAUGCCAAUCUGCCUUCAGUCAUGCCAAUCUGCCUUCAGUCAUGCCAAUCUGCCUUCAGUCAUGCCAAUCUGCCUUCAGUCAUGCCAAUCUGCCUUCAGUCAUGCCAAUCUGCCUUCAGUCAUGCCAAUCUGCCUUCAGUCAUGCCAAUCUGCCUUCAGUCAUGCCAAUCUGCCUUCAGUCAUGCCAAUCUGCCUUCAGUCAUGCCAAUCUGCCUUCAGUCAUGCCAAUCUGCCUUCAGUCAUGCCAAUCUGCCUUCAGUCAUGCCAAUCUGCCUUCAGUCAUGCCAAUCUGCCUUCAGUCAUGCCAAUCUGCCUUCAGUCAUGCCAAUCUGCCUUCAGUCAUGCCAAUCUGCCUUCAGUCAUGCCAAUCUGCCUUCAGUCAUGCCAAUCUGCCUUCAGUCAUGCCAAUCUGCCUUCAGUCAUGCCAAUCUGCCUUCAGUCAUGCCAAUCUGCCUUCAGUCAUGCCAAUCUGCCUUCAGUCAUGCCAAUCUGCCUUCAGUCAUGCCAAUCUGCCUUCAGUCAUGCCAAUCUGCCUUCAGUCAUGCCAAUCUGCCUUCAGUCAUGCCAAUCUGCCUUCAGUCAUGCCAAUCUGCCUUCAGUCAUGCCAAUCUGCCUUCAGUCAUGCCAAUCUGCCUUCAGUCAUGCCAAUCUGCCUUCAGUCAUGCCAAUCUGCCUUCAGUCAUGCCAAUCUGCCUUCAGUCAUGCCAAUCUGCCUUCAGUCAUGCCAAUCUGCCUUCAGUCAUGCCAAUCUGCCUUCAGUCAUGCCAAUCUGCCUUCAGUCAUGCCAAUCUGCCUUCAGUCAUGCCAAUCUGCCUUCAGUCAUGCCAAUCUGCCUUCAGUCAUGCCAAUCUGCCUUCAGUCAUGCCAAUCUGCCUUCAGUCAUGCCAAUCUGCCUUCAGUCAUGCCAAUCUGCCUUCAGUCAUGCCAAUCUGCCUUCAGUCAUGCCAAUCUGCCUUCAGUCAUGCCAAUCUGCCUUCAGUCAUGCCAAUCUGCCUUCAGUCAUGCCAAUCUGCCUUCAGUCAUGCCAAUCUGCCUUCAGUCAUGCCAAUCUGCCUUCAGUCAUGCCAAUCUGCCUUCAGUCAUGCCAAUCUGCCUUCAGUCAUGCCAAUCUGCCUUCAGUCAUGCCAAUCUGCCUUCAGUCAUGCCAAUCUGCCUUCAGUCAUGCCAAUCUGCCUUCAGUCAUGCCAAUCUGCCUUCAGUCAUGCCAAUCUGCCUUCAGUCAUGCCAAUCUGCCUUCAGUCAUGCCAAUCUGCCUUCAGUCAUGCCAAUCUGCCUUCAGUCAUGCCAAUCUGCCUUCAGUCAUGCCAAUCUGCCUUCAGUCAUGCCAAUCUGCCUUCAGUCAUGCCAAUCUGCCUUCAGUCAUGCCAAUCUGCCUUCAGUCAUGCCAAUCUGCCUUCAGUCAUGCCAAUCUGCCUUCAGUCAUGCCAAUCUGCCUUCAGUCAUGCCAAUCUGCCUUCAGUCAUGCCAAUCUGCCUUCAGUCAUGCCAAUCUGCCUUCAGUCAUGCCAAUCUGCCUUCAGUCAUGCCAAUCUGCCUUCAGUCAUGCCAAUCUGCCUUCAGUCAUGCCAAUCUGCCUUCAGUCAUGCCAAUCUGCCUUCAGUCAUGCCAAUCUGCCUUCAGUCAUGCCAAUCUGCCUUCAGUCAUGCCAAUCUGCCUUCAGUCAUGCCAAUCUGCCUUCAGUCAUGCCAAUCUGCCUUCAGUCAUGCCAAUCUGCCUUCAGUCAUGCCAAUCUGCCUUCAGUCAUGCCAAUCUGCCUUCAGUCAUGCCAAUCUGCCUUCAGUCAUGCCAAUCUGCCUUCAGUCAUGCCAAUCUGCCUUCAGUCAUGCCAAUCUGCCUUCAGUCAUGCCAAUCUGCCUUCAGUCAUGCCAAUCUGCCUUCAGUCAUGCCAAUCUGCCUUCAGUCAUGCCAAUCUGCCUUCAGUCAUGCCAAUCUGCCUUCAGUCAUGCCAAUCUGCCUUCAGUCAUGCCAAUCUGCCUUCAGUCAUGCCAAUCUGCCUUCAGUCAUGCCAAUCUGCCUUCAGUCAUGCCAAUCUGCCUUCAGUCAUGCCAAUCUGCCUUCAGUCAUGCCGCUCCUCUCCCCGUCCCCUUCCUCGCUCACUCUCUGAUCCAUCUGGACACGCGUUUCACACCCACAAUUCGUCUGGAUGCGCAGCACACGUACAAUGUGAUCAAGUCAGGGGGGGCGCCCGUGGUGUGUCUGCCGGGACAGGGAGUGCUGCUCGCAUUUAUGCAGCCCUGCAGCCUGGCCGACAGAUUCGAUUUGAUCACCACUGUGCACGACACACCUCCUGCCACGCCCAAGGCGGCGCUGCUGCUGGACGAGCCCCCCCACCGGCGCAGGGAGGGGGCAGCAGCAGGUGUGGUGGCGAGGGGCAUGGGGGAGAGGGCCACGGCUGUGCGGGUGCACCCCAGGGAGGUGCCUUCUGGCUGGCGCCUUGAGCAGGGCCUGCCAGCGGUGGGCGGCGCGUCGGUGCUGAUCGGAGUGUCGCUGGCGUCGCCUGACACGGCUCUGCGCCUCGUGGACAAGGGGCCCAGCGCGGACAACAAGGCCGAGGCGCUCAAGUUCCGUGCUUUCUGGGGCCCCAAGGCAGAGCUGAGGCGCUGGAAGGACGGCACCAUCACCGAGGCUGUGGGUGCGUGUGUGCUGUGCGGUGGAGAGGGGGCAUGGGAAGCCCCCUCCACGGAGCGCCACCUCAUCCCCUCACGCCUCAUCUCGUUUGUCCUGCAGCGCCACCUGGGGGUGGACGAGGGCGCUGUGAGGGUGGCUGCAGGGCAGCUGGACUUUGCUCUGCAGGUGGCAGGCAAGGACCCAGCAUCAUCCGCCCCGGCACUCAGCGCAGCCUUUGAGCGUGUGGCCUCGCUGCUGCGCCAGCUGCCCUCCCUGCCGCUCUCCGUCGUCGCCCUGCACUCCCUCUCCCCCGCAACAAGGGGAGCAGCGGCCUUCCCCCCAUCACCCUGCCCGCCUCCCUCUGCAGGGGGCGCAGCAGAGGAAGAGGGCGUGUGGCGGCGCUGUGUGGAUCCGGUUCCCGUGGCCGUGCAGCUCGAGGCGUCCAGCAAGUGGCCCGAUGAUCCCGAGGCGCUGCGCCUCACGCGCCACGCGUUCUGCCUGCAGAUGGCCAGCAGCCUGCAGGAGGCACACGGGGUGGCAGUGGAAGCAGCGCAGGGCGCCGUGGAUGUGAUGAUUGAUGGCAUUGCCUUCCGCCUCGUGCUGCUCCAUGACUAUGGUGAGAUGCAUGACUAUGCCCAGGAUGUUACCGCCUCCUCCUCCUCCACAUCCCUCACUCCCCUCAUCACGCCCUCGCCCCUCACCGCCGUUCCCACCUCCCCCUCCGCCUUCUCCGAGACGCAUCGCACGCUGCAGCACCACAGCACACUCAACGGGCUCACGGGUCGCCACCCCACCUUCGGCCCCAUUGCAAGGCUUGCCAAGCGGUGGGUGGCAAGCCAUCUCUUCUCGUCGCACCUCAAAGAAGAGGCGGUGGAGCUGCUGGUGGCUCACACCCUCACCGCGCCCAACCCCCUGCUGCUGCCCGCCCCCAAGUCGCGACUCGCUGGCCUCCUCAGGUUCUUCCGCCUCGUGGCGUCGUACGAUUGGCUGUCGCAGCCGCUCAUAGUGGACGUGAACAGUGCUUUCUCUCCUGAAGACGUGCAGCAGAUUCAGGCUCGCUUUGAUGAGCGCCUGCCACCCCACAAGGACACGCUGGGGAGCUCAGCACGCAGCGUGGCAAAGCGAUUGAAGCAGAGCGCGGCGGAGGGAGGGAAGGACGGCGAGGGGGAGAAGGAGCGGCGCCCCGCCAUGUGCAUCUCCACGCCGUACGAUCGCGACGGUGCCAUGUGGACGCAUCUCGGACCGUCCGUUGAGGCUCUGGAGCGUCUGUGUGCCUUUGCCGAAAGUGCAGCGCAAGUGCUGGCACAGCUGAUCACAGGGGAGGGGGAGGAAGGGGGAGGUGGGGAGGAGGGAGGAAGAAAGGGAGGGGGCAAGGGGAAGGAGAGAGGCAAUGAAAAGCACAGGGCGGUGCAGUGGAAGUCGCUCUUCCUCUCACCGCUCUCCACGACAUUCGACCUCGUCAUUCACCUGGACCCUGCGUCCCUCCCCCACCACCACCGCGUGCUUUUCCCGGCCCCCAAGGCUCUGAGUACCGCCAAGGGCUGGUUGCAAGUACCCUCGUCCCUCUCUCCAACAGAUCCCACCUCCUCCUCAUCCUCCUCCCCCUCAACCGCCCUCCCUCCGUCUCUCCAUCGCCUCGCCUCUGCCGGCCCUCCGCUGCUCAUUGGCUUCAAUCCGACGGCUCUGCUGCUCACACACCUGCAGGAACGGUUUGGCUCGGUGCUCACCUUCUGGUAUGACGGCCUCUGUGGGAGCGAGGUGAUAGGUGCUACAUGGCGCAUUCCCAUUGGUGCAUCUGCUGACGGCGGUGCUGCUGCCCCCUGCCUGCCCCGCCGGGCCCAGCAAGCCCACCUGCUGCCGUGCUCCCACCAGUCUGAGCGAGAGCUGCCAUGCGGAGUGGUGAAUGUUGCUGCCAUCAUUGAUGACAUCAGCAUCAUGGGUGCAGGCCUUGUGGCGUCUGUCCAUGUUCGGCAAUGA